AUGGGCACCGUGCCGACGAUCGCACCUAAGGGCUGGCACUCUCGAGAAAUUAAAUUGCCUAGUGUCGCUGAACUUUUGAACGGCCAACCCCCAGUGUCGUCUUUUCCUUCAACUGGUCUCGAUCAAAGGCACGGGGCAUCCAGGUCGAAUGAUCUCCCGAUACUUCCCAACAUCCAUCGAGUCCUCCCACAGAUUCCAGAGCUGGUGAAGGAAGUCGAGGCUCCAAUUCUGGAAGGGAGUCCCAAAAAGGCCUGUCCAUCACCUCCAAAUCAGCUUCCAUCGCCAGCGUUCACGUUCACUGCAGCUACUCCGGCUUGUUCAACUUCCGCUGACGUUGAACAUGAUUUCGAAGGAUCGUUGGAAGACUUGCUCAAACCGGCAGAGCCCGACUUCCUCAGUCUCCAUCAUUGCAUAUCUGAGUUGCUGGAUACCUCUGUUAAGCCCGCCUAUAAACAAGGCUGGUAUCGUCCACACUCACCAGGCAAUGAAGUCAGUCACAAGCUAGAGGACAAAAUUCGGGGGUUAGACAGGGAUAGCCUCGUCCAGACUUUCUUCUCCCGAAAUGAAGAACGCAUACCAUAUGGAGAAAGGGUAACUAUUCCGAAGAGAUUAACCGAUGAGAGAGCUGCCUCUGAGAUCCCAAGCUUGAUCAUUGAAGCUGAUCCAGUGGCCCUGGCUAGACGGAAGAGGAACAAGGAAUCCUCGGAAAAUCACAAAGAAGUGGAAAAAAAGCGGCGUGACCAGCAUCGAAAGUUGCAAAAGCAAAGUCACCUUCGCUGUGGUGACGUUGUAGCUGAAUGCGGUGACGAACACGCAAGGGAACAAAAGGCUUCAACCAGAAGUCAAAGCGCUAAGGGCCCGGGGAAAGAUGAGCAACUGUGGGCAGCCAUCUAUGCUCAAGAGCUUGCAGCCAGAGUGGUUCAAUCUGAACACGAUAGACGCAAAAGGGCCGAAAAGAUCAUUCGAGUGUUACUCCAAUUCAUCCGUCGGCAGAUGAACCCCAAUCUCGGAGCUCAGGAGGAACAAGAUCGUUUUGACUUCAUGCAUUCAACCUCACUGCGUCUCCCAACCUGUGUGGGCAAGAGGAGAUUCCAGAUUGACUCAGACGGCGAGGCCCAGCGAGGCCCAGCAGAAAAUGCCAGCACGGACAGUGAAAGCGGCUAUAGUCGAAGCUCGUCAUCAUGUAGCCUCUGGAAGCGGCGACGAGGACUUCCUCAAGACGAAUGCCGCUCAAUGACGAUGCAGAGCAUUUCGCCCUCGCCGACAGCUAGCCCGGACGAGACAAAAGCUUUCAUCUCUAAUGUCAUUCUCGACACAGAGCAUUGA